AUGGCAGCCUUUGAAUUUCCCCAAGCUCUUGAGAAGAGACAACAAUACGGUUGCCGCUACGGCGAAGUCUACAGAAAUGGAGGAUGCUACCAACGCGGCGCGUGGUACUGGUGGGGACGCUGGGUUCUCGCCGCCGUCGUCGUCGGCAUUGCACUUCUUAUUUUGAUCCUGUUAGGGUGCAUGAACGCUCGCCGUCGCAAGAGGCGUGGUGCCCAGCCCUUCUACGGCACCGGCUGGAUGGGCGGCAACAACAAGCACAACCAGCACCAGCAGGCCACCUACGCCUACAACCAGCCGUACAACGGUCAGCAGCAGGGCUAUGCGGGUUACCCCCAGCAGGGCGCUGAAGGAUCCUACCCCGCCCCGCCGCCGGCCUACGGACAGGCUCAGCAGAACCCCCAGUACACCGGCACAACCUUUAACCCCAACGACGGAUACUAUGGCGGCCACAACGAGGGUAUCCAACUGCAGCAGCCGCAGAGCUCGUAUCAGCGUGACGCCUACUCGCCCCCCGCCGGCCCGCCCCCCGGAAAGUAA